AUGGCUGCGGUGUGGAAGAUGAUUUGGUUCAUGCCCCUCUUGCUUGCCGUCCAGGCACAGGGCGUUCCCGGAGAGGACCCACUGGCUCAAUGGCUGGAUGACUUGAAGUUCAAUUUGCAGGAUGUGACACAGGAGAAGGCAGGCAUCACUGUCACAGCAUCGAAACUGGUUUGUCAGAACUUGCAGCUGACAGACAUCCAGUCAGCAGUUAAAGGUGUUGGCAUGUCGGUUACUCUGAACGGUGUUGGCAUCAAGUGCACCGGGCACUUCGAGUAUCAGGGCUUGGCCAUCGUGAGUGGUUCAGGAGAUCUUGAGGCAGUCGUGAAAAGCAGCCCCUCUUCUACGGCGACUGUGGCGUUGCAGGGCGGGAGCAUCGACAAGAACGUACCCUGGACUGUUGAUGCUUCUAGCUGCUCCGCUGAUAUUGACUUUAAGAUCAAGUUCUCGGGCUCGAUUAUCUACUUCAUUGUGAAUCUCUUCUCUACCCCGAUCUCUUUGCUCAUCAAGUCACAGGCAGUUAAGCAAGCCUGCGAUCAGCUGAAGGAGAUGGCAGCUGGCCCUCUUUCGAAGAAGCUGGCUACUUUCAAUCACCUGAUGCUGCCACCAGGCUCAACAACCCUUACAAGCCUCUUGCUGGAAGGUAGUGCGGUGGAGAAAGCGGAGGAAGUCGAGGGCCUCAAGGUCACCUUCGACAGUGUUGCCGAUGACAUGUUCCAGGCCCCGGAGGUGGCACAGGCCCAGGCCCCGAAGAAUUUUCGCUAUGACCGGAGGCUUCAGGAGGGCUCGGGCGCCCCUACCGUGGACUGGAGCCGUGACCCGUCUGUCAGCUGGAUGUCUUGGUUAUUGGACGACGUCCUUGGCCCAGAGAAGAUGGAUCAGGCCCUCCGCUGGGCCUGGAAGGGCGCCAAGUCGGUGAACAUCCCGGGGCCCGAGACGCCUGUGGCAGUCAGCACCAUCCAACAGCCAGAUGCCGGCCUGGAGCUGAAGGUGCAGGCUUUCCUGAAGCAGGCCGUGAUCGAAGGGGCCGAUGGCAUGUCCGCCUUCACCCCGGUGCAGGCCAUUGGCCCCAACGACCUGCGCUUCAAGAUCAGCUGGGGUACGCCGGACAUCCCAGCCUUUGGCUUCGGCGUAGAUGUUCGUGUGAAAGUGGAGGCCAUAGAUCUGCAAACCAAGCAGUCGCAAGGUUUGGUGGAGCAGGAGAUGAGCCUGCACCUGGCACUCUUGAAGCCUUCUCUAGAUGCCACUGGUGAGAUCCUCGUCCUGGAAAGUGAGUGGCCAGGCCAACAUACGCUGGCUCAGUUCCUGGUGGCACCUCAAGCAUGCCUCACCAGCGUCUUCAAGUCGGCACCUGCCUUGAAGAAGCUGCAGGUGCAGUUUGCCGGCAUCGCAGCCCCUCUGAGCUUCCAGGCGAAGACUGUUGGAGCAUUGGAGGCCUCUUUGGCUGCUUUGCUCAACAACGGCGUGGCCUUGUUCAACAAGGUUUACGAGCCACUGCUUCCCGGUGCGAUCGAGCGUUUCGCAGGCUCUGAUACACUCAUCGGGCAGCUAAACGCCAAGCUGAAGGAGCAGCUGAAGCCGGGACAGUGCAUCAGCCCGUCCAUGGCAUCGCAGAAGGCGAGGCAGACGGUUCCACAGUACUACAGCGACUGGCCGCCUAUUUUCGACAACUAUCUGAGGAAGUGGAUUGACAACUUCUUUGAUGGCCUGAUUGCCGCAAACACCACCACGAUAAACCAGGGCCUCUCGGACAUGCCGAAGCUGCCUUUGCCUUUGGAUGCGAAGUUUUCGUUGAGAGAGUUGCAGGCCACAGGUUUGGAUCAGGUGAGCAACCUCCGUGUCCUGGUCCCAUCUGAGACACACAGAAGCUGGCUGGGAAUGAGCGCCGUCUCGAAGUGCCCGAGCCCCCAGGCACCCUGGCGGCCCACCUUUGCCGUGAGCGGCUCUGUGGAGGCCGGGAACUUCAAGGGCAACGGCUCCGUUAUCACGGAGAUGCCCUGCGGCACGGCCGAUGCGCAACUUGACGUAGAGAUGGACUUGUGGGCUCUGCUUGACAUGCAGCUUCCGCCCAGCAUGACCUGCGCCCUCCUGUCACCCUUUGCCCACCUCGACAUCGAGACGUUGAGCGCCACUUGGACAGGAAAUGGCAACCUGAUCGUGAAACCAAUUGAUGGACCUCCACAAGAGCCCCUGAAGCAGCUUUGUGAGUUGCACCCUCGUCUAUGCGAGCUGGCCGUCAAGUUCCGCAAGUACGUCUCCACCACAGAGGGUGCCUCCCGUUUGUACCACUUGGCCCGUGAUGUAGUCCUGGCGCAGUGCACGGACCUGCCCAAGUUGUCUGCAUCGGGGCAACUCGGGGCUCUGCCGAAGGAUGCUUUAGGUUACACUUAUGUUGCGGCUGACAACAUGAAGCUUUGGCUUAUUAGCGUCCUGAUUGUCAUGGGCCUCUCUGGUACAUACAGCUUUUGUGCUCAUCUCGGAAAGCUGGUUCGAAACGAUGACUGCGGUGAGGUGCUGCCAACGACACCGGUGCCCUUGGCCACAAUUUGCUGGUUCGGGAGGGCACGCUCCCAAGUCGGCAUCCCCAAGACAGCGACGAUUUGCACUUCCACGCUUAUGGCUGCUGGACUUGUAGCUCGCAUCCUCGCGUGCUUCUGGCUGCCCUUUGCGGCGGCUGGUAUGGGGGUCACUCAGGCUUCCGGUGCCACCAUCUUCCAGGAUGAUGCCUUGUUGGAGUACACCUUCUUCGGCAUCGGCGUGCAGUUUGGAGUUGGGGGCUCCUUGUACUGCGAAGCCUUGUGGUUCUUCAUGUCGCUCGUCUCCUCAUUAACCUCCCAUGCCAUUCUGGUUCUUGUUUGGCUGACGCCUUUCCUGGCCAAGUAUCGCCGACAGCUGCUGCUCCUUGCGUUGGUGCUGGGCCGUUUCCCUUUGUCUGAGAUGGAGACCACCGGCAACACUGCCAUGGCCUUGGGGGGUGCGAUUCAGAUGCCUUUGGGCAUGACGCAGACUCUGGGCCUGGGCCUGCAGGCUGGUGCCUAUGCAUCUUGGUUCUCUUCGGUCUGCAGCUUGCUGGCUACCCUGAUCCUGCUCAAAGUCCUGCCUCGGCCAGUGAAGGAGAAAGAUUGGGCGGCAGGUAAGGCUCCGCUGCAGGUCACAGCCCUGCAGGGGCUGGCGAGCUGCGCCAUGAUUGCUGGCAUCUGCAUGUGGUGGUUCUGCGACUUCAUGCAGGCUGUCACUGGAGGAGUUGCCGGCACGCUCAUCGACCCAAUCUCUUUGAGUGCGUCAAGCUUGGGCAAGACCGACAUGGGGCUCAGAAUUAUGGUGAUCUGGACCGGAAUUGGCUGCCCUUUCCUACACAUCGUAGCCUUCUUGCUUGGUUUGUCGGGAAAGGCUCCUGGCAUCGCAAGGAGCUUGGCUGGCUUCGCUGCGACCUUCUGCCUCUUGGACCUUUUCGCGCUCGGGUAUUUGAUCACUUUCAUUGAGGGGGUCAACGGCUUUGCCUCUUCGGCGAUCCGUGGCCUGGCGCCAGCAGUCUGUGAGGUGGCCAAGGAGGCAGUCGGGGAAGACUGCCUGACUAUGCAGAUCAAUGUGGUCCCCCUGGGCACCAUCGGCUUGCUUUUGGCAGCAGGUGCGUGGAACGUCCUUUUCGGUGUGCAGGUCCUUGGAGUUGGCCAGGGCAAGGACAAGCCAGAAGUGCGACAACCAUUGGUAGAAGCCGGGAGCGUGCCUUCCACAUUUCAGGAUUGCAGAGACCCGGUGGCGACUGACCGGCGCCUCGUUAUGCCUCGCCCUGAGGCUGGCUUCCAGAAGGCCUUGGAUGAGAUGGACCCGGCUCAGUGCACCGCCCAGGGUCUAUGCGCCACGCAGUUUUGCAGCGCCUCGGAAUCAGCGCCGGCCUGCGACCACCACCGCGGCCUCUCGAGGACAAGUCUUUUGCAGAUCCUUCGAUUGAUCUCAGAGCAGCUGGCAGAGGCUUGGGAGGUGCAUGAUGCCAGGACGUACGAGGAGAAGCUGAGCGCCACCAUGCCAUAUGUGGAGGACAUAUUGAGUCCAACCAUGCAAAACUUUGGCUUUUCCACCGGAUGGCCAGGCUCCUUCAUGGAGGUGAUCCGUUCUGUGUCCACAGUGCGCAACCGAACUGGAUGCACCAAAAUUGCGGCAAUGCUUGAUGAGAUGGAUUCGCUGCUAACAGGGCAGCGGCAUGAGCCUGUUCAGGCCGAGCUUUGA